UAACUUCGGCAACCACAGUAAUGGCCGUCCAAGACCUGACGUAAGUAACAAGCCGAUUCCCAGCGGCCCAGUCACACUGACGCUGCGCAGUAUUCACUGACUACUUCGAGACAGAACAUAACGUCCCAGCUUCCAACGGUGUUCGUCUGAUGGAGAAAUUCGUCUGAGCAAAAUGGAAAGUGUCGAUUGUGAUAUUGACUCUUACUCUUGUCUGUCUUUCAGACUCAGUGACAAACUGAAGCUACAAAACCAAGAAGACUGGUAUUUUGAGAUAGAGGAUUUUGGGACCAUACUAUUUCCACCUUCUCCUAAUUGGUUUUUGAGUGGAGCUGUUGACAGUCGAGAAGAAGAUGCAAUUUUGGUCACUGCAUCAUUCAAGAACAUUGUAGUUUAUCAGCUGCUUCAGGAUGUUUCAUUACCUAAGAUACUCAGGAUGGUGCCUUACCAAGAAAAGGUUCAGUUGGUAUCAAUUUAUCCGGACGCAAGUCAUGCUUUAUAUGGGAUGACUGUUGGCAGUUGUAGUGACUCGGGGAGUGUUAGACUCAUUAACAUGGAAUCAGGUGCCAAUGUUUGGCGUCAUAGCGAACACCAGGGUUCCUUAGUUACAGGCCUUUCUUGGGGUAUUGUUGGAGAAGAGCCAGUUCUUGUCUCUGUUGAUGACAAAAGUCGCAUGGUAGUAUGUCAGCCAAGACACCAGGUAGCUAAAGUUCAUAAGAUUCCUAGUGUUACUGAGGCCGCUUGUCUUGAAACUAAUCCCAGUGAUAGGAGUCAAGCCCUGCUAGCUGGAGGGAAAAUGAUACACCUUGUUGACCUUAAAGAUGGUAAUGUUCUAAUGCAGUUUCAAGGUCACAAUUCAGAUAUUUAUUGCAUAAAAUGGUUCCAAGGCAAAGGCAGUCCUUUUCCUUUGGAUAUUCAAGAAAAUGACCAUCCUACAGUUUCUCAAGAGUCCAAAAAUGGAAAUGAAAGUGCAAAUGAUGUCAAAGGUCCAGAUAGUGACAAUUGGCGAAUCAAAACUCAGUCACCAAAUAUGGAGGGCCCAUUUUUUGCUUCUUCAGAUUAUGGGCGUCAAGUUUUCAUUUGGGAUUUGAGUGCCAAGAGAUAUGUAACAGAAGUUUCAGUUCCUCUGAGUGCAAGUUACACCAAGAAAUUUCAUGGAAAGGAGAAAAUAACAGGAAAGCAACACAUUUCGCUAUCAUGGUUCAAAAGUGACCUGAUGUCAACAACACCUAAAGGGGAAUUACUCAUGUGGAACUUAUGGCCAGGUGGUGGAAGAUAUACGGUAAUUCAUCACUUACAUACCCGAGCCAUAUACAAUUUAACAUUGAUUGGGAAUAUUGCUGUUAGCUGUGGUCAAGACCGGUUUUUGCAAGGCUAUCAUGUAGUCAGUUCUUCCCAUAUGUUUCAGUAUCCCAUUCUUGGAGCAUGUGCCACUUCUUUAGCUUUCUGUCCACAUGAUGUCAACAGAUUGGCCAUUGGAUCUCAGGAAAAUGUUAUACGACUUAUUAAUUUUGAGGGUAAAGUGCCCUUACAAACUCAAGUAGUCUGGCAGAAUAUAAAGGGCAAGAUUAUGUCACUAGCGUGGCAUCCAGAACAUGAAGGAAAACUCUUGUUUGGUACAGCUUCUGGGCAAGUUGGUUGGGUUGACAUAUCAGGACGUGUAACUUCAUGCGCUUAUUACCACCAGAAGUCUGUUUAUAAAGUUGAAUGGGCUCCUUUAAUGUGCCCAGAGAAAACUGGUCUGAGUGAUACUUGGUGUGCUUACUCAUUUGGAGAUCGAGAGAUUGUCAUUCGCUCCUCUUCCAAUGCAAUGACAAAUCCUGUGCAUUUGCUGCCUUUAUUGUCAGAACCUGCUAAUUCCAAGGCAUUGAAGGAUGUCACCGAAUUUUCAUUUAGUUGCGACUACAAGUAUUUUGCUGUUGGAGCCAAUGAUGGACAGGUACGUAUUUAUUCUGCAGCAGACCUGAAGUUAUGUGUAUCAUUGCAUGUGUUGAGAAAAGCAAUUCAACAUAUUCUGUGGCAGCCACCUGUAAACUCCUCUUCCUCCUAUGUGGUUGCUGUUGGCUCCAAUGAGAGUCGACUGUGCAUCUUUGACCUCAGUGCACACUUUGGAAAAACACCAUGUGAAGUUGAAAUCUUGACCCAAGCAACUCGAGAUUUAUGUGGACAUGAAUCACGUGUAGUUUGGUUGGCCUGGUCACCUCAUAAGCCAGAUGUUCUUGCCUCUGCAUCUUAUGACCAUACAGUGCAGUUGUGGAAUGCAAACACAGGUCAAAUGUUAGUUAAUUAUGGAGGGCAUACCAGCAGAGUUUUCCGAGUUGAGUUCAGUCCAUCUGACCCAGAUCUUAUGUUCAGUUUUGGUGAAGAGAACUCUCUUCAUUCUUGGAGACCUUCACAACUUACAAGUAAAACACCAGGUGAAAGUCUAGCUAAGGGAAAGGAUCGUGUAAAGAAAAUAAAAGAGCAGGCAGAAACAGGGGACCAGACUUGCAAGGAUGUAGCAGCUUCAAAUACAGUUGAAAAAAAAUCUAAACCAGGUGUAGCAGGUACAUCCAGUGAGAAGCCCAUUUCAGGCAGUACCAUGGUGGCUAGCACCAAGAGAGGCAUAUACAAAUCCUUUUUCCCGAAGCUCCAUUCAACCUGCUCAAAGAAAAAGAGUUUUUUCCAUUUGAUUGUAGUUAACCUCUUGAACUCUGUUGAAAAUAAUGAAGAAGCCAAGGCCAAAGGAAAAGAAGUUGAGGAAGAAUUGAGUGAUGAAUUAGAAGAAAGUAGCAGUAAUGAUCAAGUUGAAUUGUGUAUUGAGAACAUUGAAAAUGUCUGCAAACAAUUUGAUUUCUUAUUGGAAAAGGACACAGAAAUGCCAGAGCCUGAAGAACUCUUGUAUGCGCUGAGAUUAUAUGGAAAACCAGUGGAAAUGGAUGAACUUUUGACAACUGAAAUUUCAGAGCAUGUAAAAAGAGGCAGUUCUGUGCAAGGAGACCUAAUGCAUUGCUGGCGUGGAUCGUUAGACGAACAUAUCCGCAAUGCUGCUCGACAGAAGCAGCUCAAUCCAUUUCUAGUUUCUAGCGCACCACAAGUUUCUAUAAAGUUGUGGGAAUAUGCAAGUGAGGCAUAUGCAGAACAACUGAUUGAGGAAGGAGAUUUUAUUUCUGCAGCAACAUAUCUAGUCAAUAUUAAUAAGGUUGAAGAAGCCAUAGAAUUGCUGAUGAAGAAUAGGUGUUUCCGGGAAGCUAUGUCUAUUGCCAAAUGUCGUAGGGGUUAUAGUGAAGAGCUUGUCAAGAAGAUUACUCUUGGUUGGGCUGCUUCCACAAUAUAUGAAGGCGCAUUUGAUUUUGCUGCAUCCCUUCAGGUCAGCAUUGGCCAGAUUGAAGAGGCUGCGGCAACUAUGGCUCGACGGAAUGAUCAUGGAUCUCUCUUUGUUGCAUCUCUUCUGUAUCAACAUGCUGAAAAGAAAGAUCUUACUAAAUCCAUUGGAUUGCUCUCGCUGAAAGAGGCUUGCAUCAAGCAAGAUCAUGAUAAGAUUGAUCGUUACUUGGCAUAUUUGCCAGAAUUAGAGUGGUUCCGCAUUAUAUCUUGCUGCCAUCAGAAUCUGGUAAAGCUUGUACAAGAAGUCACAAGUGAUGAACAGUCUCCAACUUACUGUAUUGUAAAGUCACAAGUGGUUAAUAAGGGGAACACAGAAACUGAAGAGGAGUCAGUUAUUGUUUCUGAUGUAGAGGAAAGUAUGAGUCCAAUUGAAAAGUACCCUUUUCUUCAGCAUUUGACUGAGGAAUUGAUAAACUAUGGGUUCAAGGAUGAGAGUUAUCCACAUCUUUAUGAAACUAUUACAAGUAGUCUUGCUGCACAUCAGACACCCACAUCUGUUAAACAGCUUUGGUUCCUUGUAGCCAUAGCAUUGUGUGAACUUCUAAUGAGCCCAACGCAGGAAUUAUGGGAGCUUCGUCUAACAGAAUUGCUAAAUUAUGCCUUGUCCUGGGGAAAAGUAGAUCAGGCAUAUCAUCUUACACACAUUUUACUCCCACGAGGGGUAACUGAUCUUUCUACUCUUCACAUGAACUUUGAAUAUCAAGAGGGUUGUAGUAAAGCUGUCAGUCUGUUACUUCAUAUUUACCAUGUGUCAGAGUUAGGUUUACUACAUUCAGAAUUGCAGUGUGAAGAGGCGUGGACUUUCAUCCAGCAGAAUUUAGUCUGUGAAGAGAAUGCUAAACAGUCUGAAAAUCCAGUUGAUGUUUCUUCAGGUGAAACUGAGAAUGAUAGCACAUCAAUUUAUGAUUCUGAAAAACAGGAAAACACAGUAUUGAAGGCUAUGAUGAAAGAGGCAGAAAAAGGUGAACAUUUUGACUGUGCAAUAAAGGUGGACAAAGAGAAGUGUAAAAGUAAAUUAACAAAUAUCAAAUUUUUGUCCCUUCCCAGGACAACCACAGAGUUUUUGAGUAAACUUCAUAGCCUUUGUGAUUUCUUUAUAACAGAUAAAGAUGUUCAUAAUGUGAUGAAGAGGGUUACUGAAGUUUUAUCAAAUCCCAAGGAGCUUCUACUGCAAAUAGUUUUGAAUUUUAAGGAAAAAGGAAAUUUGAAGGAUAAAGAUGUGCAGGACCUUAUUUUCAAGAUAAGCUCACUCAAGAGCUAGUACAAAAUUUGUGUGUGAAAGAUUUGAUAUGGAUGGAUUAUUUAGUCAGAAAAUUAGUUGGAUAAAAAGCUCAAUAUGUAUGCAUAGGAAACCAAGGAGAAAGGGCAGAAAUGAAGAUCGAGAUCAGAUUGAAAUUUGGGCAGAAACUGCACAAGACAGGUGACUGUAGAGAGAAUUCAGUCAUGGUCAAACACCAUCAAGGAAAAAUUGAUGGAAGGCAUCAGUGAUAAUGAUAGAUAAGUAUCUAUGAAAUUUAAAGCUUUUAUGUAGUUUUUAAAAUUGGUUUAUUAUCUAAAGCUUUUAAGGAGUAAAAUUUAACACUAUUUUGAGGGAAACUUUAUCAAGAAUCUCAUUAUCAAAUUGUGAUCAAUACAAUACUGCUGUUCCACUUGUUCAAGAGGAAUACAGUAGUUUAAUUCACAGUUUCAGGAAAUUUUGACUCCACAUUAAUGAGGAGCUAAGAUGUCUUGAAAUUAAAUAUGGACUGUGUGCUAAUCCUCAAACUUGUUCUUGUGGAAAGUGGUGUUUUCUGAUAUUAAACAUAAUGAAAAGAACUGAUUCAGCAUUCAGGUGAACUUGCACCCUGAAAUAUUUCAUUAAAAACUAGGGGAGCAGGUUUUUAAAAGUUAAUUUUGAACUACAUGUCAUCAGUAAAAAAUUUGUUGGAGUUGUGCUGUUUUCCAUAUGACUGAAUGAGUAUAUUAUAUUUCAUGCACUGUACUUCCCUUAUUUUUUCACUGUGUUAAUACAGUGCUAGUACUGAAUGUUAUUGUCAGUGAAGAAGUUUUUAGUCAGGAUAAUGAUCUUGUCCUUGUAAAUUUUUUCUUGAAAUACACAAUUUUAGAUUUCAGUUUAAUGUGUUACAUUAAAAUGGCAAAUUAAUGAGACAUUAUCUUAGCAAUUUUAGUAUGGAUUAUUUACAUUGUUAUUUUUUAUUCUUUCACCAAACUCAAUAAAAGGCAAAAGGUU